CUUUGUAAGACAUCUACAGAUAUUGUUCUUUUACUUGGGUAUGUGGAUGAUAUUGUUAUCGCUGGCACAGAUUCUGGUUUGAUAACUCAACUCCAGCAGCACCUACAGGCUUCCUUUCACAUGAAGAAUCUUGGUCCUCUAACAUAUUUUUUGGGCUUGGAAGUACACACUGAUUCCACAGGUAUAUUUUUGAACCAACACAAAUAUAUUCAAGACUUGAUCACUUUGGCUGGUCUUCAAGAUUCUUCAUCCGUCGAUACUCCUCUGGAAGUCAAUGUUAAAUAUCGUCGUGAAGAGGGUGAGCUCCUUCCUGAUCCGACUAUCUUUCGUCAAUUAGUUGGGAGCCUCAACUACUUGACCAUCACUAGGCCUGAUAUAUCAUUCGCAGUCCAGCAAGUCAGUCAGUUUAUGCAAACUCCACGACAUCUUCAUCUUGUGGCAGUUCGUCGCAUCAUUCGGUAUCUCCAAGGUACUCCUCAUCGUGGAUUUUUUUCCCUUCUGGGUCUCCUAUUCGUCUUGUUGCAUUUAGUGAUGCAGAUUGGGCCGGUUGCCCUGAUACUCGUCGUUCCAUUAUGGGUUGGUGUAUGUUUCUUGGUAAUUCUUUGAUCUCUUGAAAGAGUAAAAAGCAGGCAUGUGUGUCUAAAUCUUCAACUGAAUCCGAAUACCGUGCCAUGUCCGCUGCCUGUUCUGAGAUUAUGUGGCUUCGUGGGCUUCUAGCUGAACUUGGCUUUCCUUAGUCUGAUCCUACACCCCUUCAUGCGGACAACACGAGUGCUACUCAGAUUGCUGCAAAUUCAAUAUAUCAUGAGCGUACAAAGCAUAUCGAAGUAGAUUGUCACUCAAUUUGAGAUGCUUUUGACACAAAUAUUAUUUCUCUUCCGUAUAUCUCUAUUGAUCUACAGAUUGCCGACAUAUUCACCAAAGCCAUGACACGACAACGUUAUUUCUUUCUUGUGGGCAAAUUGAUGCUUCUUGAUCACCCAGCAUCAAUUUGAGGGGGGAUGUCAAUUAGAUAGAAAGAGUAAUUAACGCCAGAAUUAGAGAUGCUUUGUAUAGCUUUGUAUAAUAGUUGUAAUUGGUAGAAAAUUGCUCAGUUUCCAUUCAUGUACAGUGAUAGCUAACAUUCAGCUAUGUAAUUUGCCUUAUUAUUCGUAUAUAUACAAAGGAACCCUCACAAUGAGGAUUAUCGAGUCAAAAGGAUAAAUUGAAUACCUUGACAAUAGUUCUCUCUUUCUUCCUUCACACGCUCUCAUAAUUACACUGUUUCAUAAGCCAUUCAACAAAUUAUAUUUAGGUUUCAAAAUAAUAGGUUGUAGAUUUAAAGUCUACCAUUCUAUAAUAUAUGUGCAAUUUUGAAUCUUAAUUUUCGAGAACAUGCUUUUAGAGUGACCAAUAAAUGUAUGAUGGGUGUUAGAGAAGUAUCCAGUGAGGCAAAUGCAUUGAAUUUUCAAUUUAAAUAUGAACAUGCUGAAAGGAUUGUCUGACACAAACACUCUGCCUUAUUGGAAAUUUCCGUUCCUUUAGUUUUCUUCAAUCAAUGUUAACAUAAUUCUGCAGUUGAUGGUGCUUAAUUUGAAAAUGAAGUAAAAAGAUUUAAUGCUUUAUGAAUGGCACAGCCUCAGAUCUCAUAAUUAGGAAUUUAAAAAGAAAGAAUGGAAGCCACAGAGAUGUGACUGUGGGCUCGUUGAAUGGAAAUUACUUUACUCGAGGCUACAUUUCUGUUAGAAGGCCAUGCCUGAAAUUCAAUGGUGUUUCUGUUGCUCUGAUUAUUAUGAUAAUUGUUUUGUUCAGUCAGGAAAACUAUUUGUUAGAUCACAUCAAUUACAUUCCAUGGGUCCUCAGGCGGGGCAGUCUUAUAUGAAUAAUUGACUAUUAAAGUUCAUUCAUGGCAUAUUUUAUCUGAAAAAACAUCAAUAUGGCAGAUGAAGUUCUGUUGCAUUUGUUUUGAAUUUUGUGAAUUAUGAGUAGGAAAAGUUGGUUUCCUACACAAACGCGAGGGUUCAAUUUGUGAGCAUAAUGCGGUGAUUGAUUGCUUUUGCCAACCAGGGUGAACAGUUCAUUGACCCUAUCGAUAUUUGAUCUGUCAUAUUGAACAUUUAAAACAAAUUUCAUGCUCUGUAGAGCACAACUUGUGGUUGCAUAGCCCAAGAACUUGACUGCUACCGAUCAUGACCCCACCAUGCAUUUAUCAUAAAUACAAAAAGGUCUCUUUUUCAUGUGCAUCCACUUGCUGCCGUCUUGAAAAUUCCUUUGAUGCAUAUAACCAGAGAAUAUAAAUGUGAAGAUUUUUUCUUCUAUUCCUUAAUUAUAAAUAUUUAAAAAUAUUACUUUUGUUUCCCGGGGGAUCUGAAGUGGCUGCCAUGUGGCUUUUGUUGACUUGAUAACUGCAUGAUCAGAGGAAUAUUAUGGAGCUUUGUGCAUAGAUGCUAUGUAGUGACCUUGUUUUGCCUGAUUAGAGCUACAAUGGGCAGCUUCCGCAUGAAUUUCCAGCAACCAUUGCUUUUAUGUACUCUAUUGCUUCACGCUUUGGCAAAAGAAACUGAGGCUCUCAGUCCUGAUGGAGAAGUGCUGGUCAGCUUUAGGACAGCCAUCAUUAGUUCAGACGGAGUCCUGCAGCAGUGGAGACCAGAGGAUCCUGAUCCAUGUGGGUGGAAAGGGGUACAAUGCGAUCCCAACUCGAAGAGAGUUAUAACCUUAAAUUUACUUCUAAUAAUUGGUAUCACUAAAUGUCCAGGAGCCUCCCCAACCACAAGUUUAGUGGACCUAUAUCACCAGAUAUCGGGAAGCUAGAAAGUCUGCAAUUUCUAGCUCUUCAUGACAACAAUUUAUACGGGUCAAUCCCUCCAGAAUUGGGAAAUCUUACAAGGUUGCAGUCAAUAUUUUUGCAGGGUAACUACUUGAGUGGAUUUAUUCCGAGUGAACUGGGGAACCUUUCUCAGCUUGAGAAUCUAGACCUCUCAAGCAACUCUCUCAGUGGCAACAUUCCUGCAUCUAUUGGGAAGUUGAGCAAGCUCUCGACUUUCAAUGUUUCAACAAACUUUCUGGUGGGAUCAAUACCCUCUGAUGGUAUUCUUGCCAAUUUUCUUAAUGAUUCCUUUGUUGGCAAUCGUGAAUUAUGUGGCAAGCAGACACAAAAAAUAUGCAGCAAUGGUGGUUCUGCUUCAUCUACUGAUUUAGCCCAAAGUCAGUUCAAGAAGAGAUAUUCAGGCCUUCUCAUAAGUGCACUUGCUACUGUGAUUGCAUUGCUUUUGGUUGCGCUUGUUUGUUUCUGCGGCUGUUUCCUGUAUAAGAGGCUUGGCAAAAAUGAUGGGAAAGGCCUUGCCAUGGAUGUCUGUGGAGGUGCAUCAAUAGUGAUGUUCCAUGGAGACUUGCCUUACUCUUCAAAGGACAUCAUAAAAAAAUUGGAGACAUUGAAUGAGGAACACAUAAUUGGUGCUGGGGGAUUUGGAACAGUGUACAAACUUGCAAUGGAUGAUGGUAAAGUAUUUGCCUUGAAAAGGAUUGUGAAGAUAAAUGAGGGAUUUGAUCGUUUCUUUGAGAGGGAACUUGAAAUCCUUGGAAGUAUCAAACACAGAUACCUGGUAAACCUGCGUGGAUAUUGCAAUUCUCCAACAUCAAAAUUGUUGAUUUAUGAUUUCUUAUCGGGAGGCAGCCUAGAUGAAGCUCUUCAUGAGAGGGGUGAGCAGCUAGACUGGGCUGCUCGUUUAAAUAUUAUCACUGGAGCUGCGAAAGGGCUCGCCUAUCUGCAUCAUGAUUGCUCCCCUCGGGUUAUCCAUCGUGAUAUCAAGUCAAGCAACAUUUUGCUUGACGAAAAUUUUGAUGCUCGAGUGUCUGAUUUUGGACUGGCUAAAUUAUUGAAGGAUGACGAAUCCCAUAUCACGACAAUUGUUGCUGGCACCUUUGGAUAUUUGGCCCCUGAGUAUAUGCAGAGUGGAAGAGCUACAGAAAAGACUGAUGUUUAUAGUUUUGGGGUUCUGGUACUUGAAAUUGUGAGUGGAAAACGGCCUACUGAUGCGUCCUUCAUCGAGAGGGGUCUAAACAUUGUUGGAUGGUUGAAUUAUUUAGUAACGGAGGGUAGAACACGAGAAAUAGUUGAUCCACACUGUGAAGGGGUACAAUCAGAAAGCCUCGAUACCUUGCUUUCAAUUGCCAACCGAUGUGUUUCUUCAGGGCCUGAGGAUCGUCCCACCAUGCACAGAGUGGUUCAAAUACUCGAAUCUGAGAUCACGACCACAUUCCCUAGUGACUUCUAUGAUUCAAACUCAGACUGAGGGCUUUGUUGUGGAACGAAAAGAGUCGACAUCUUUGCUAUAAUCACCCACUGCUUUAUGCAGCAAAUGCAGGACCCACACAAGAACAGAAGGGCUCGGAAUCUGCAUCAAUUCAUUCUCGACUUUAUUUACUUGUUCAUUCUGCAAAAUACGACCCACGGUGCCGCCAGCCAUUCUUCAGGUUUUUCUUUAUCCAGUAAAUGAAAUUAUUUUGCUUUUGGUUUCGAUACUAGCUACAAUACCACUUUCCCCCUUGUCUUUGCCUUCAUAUUUCCUCCUUGUAAUUACUCCAAUUGUAUAUGCAAUGGUUAUACCAAAAGGAUCCUUGUUAUUUUUCCAAUUUUUUUGUAUGAUAUUUGUAUUGCAUAAUUGAUUCAACAAGUGAUUGCAAACUUCCAUUU